AUGGGGGGGAAGCAGAAGCUGGACGGGGACGAAGCGUCGGGGCAACCGGUCAGCUAUGACCCCUCCUUCCGAGGCCCCAUCAAGAACAGGAGCUGCACAGAUGUCAUCUGCUGUGUCCUCUUCCUGGUCUUCAUUCUGGGUUACAUCGCAGUGGGGCUCGUGGCCUGGCUGUAUGGAGACCCUCAACAGGUCCUGUACCCCAGGAACUCUACUGGAUACUACUGCGGAAUAGGGGAAAAUAAAGAUAAACCCUAUCUCCUCUACUUCAACGUCUUCAGCUGCAUCCUGGCCACUAACAUCAUCACAAUAGCAGAGAAAGGCCUCCAGUGUCCCACACCCCAGGUGUGUGUGUCCUCCUGCCCACAUGAGUCGUGGACUGUGGAACCGGAACAGUACAUGCAGACAGUGGGGGAGGUCUUCGCUGCAAAAAGGAAUUACUGUCAGCCGGGGGUACCCCAGGAUAUGACAGUGCUCCGGAGCCUACAACAGGAACUCUGCCCCAGUUUUCUCCUCCCUUCCAGUCCAGCUCUGGGCCGGUGUUUUCCGUGGGUGAAUAGUACUCCUCCUGAACUCCCGGGGAUCAGCGGCAACACCACCCAAAGCAUCAACGGCCUUCUAGACAGCCUCAAUGCCCGCGAUAUCAGCGUGAAGAUCUUUGAAGAUUUCGCCAAGUCCUGGUACUGGAUUCUCAUCGCCCUGGGAGUGGCCCUGGUCCUGAGCUUGGUGUUUAUCCUGCUCCUGCGCCUGGUGGCCGGGCCCCUGGUGCUGGUGUUGAUCCUGGGGGUGCUGGGCGUGCUGGCCUACGGCAUCUACCACUGCUGGAAUGAGUACCGGACCCUGCGGGACAAGGGCCUCUCCAUCGCCGAGCUGGGCUUCACCACGAACCUCAGCGCCUACAGCAGCGUCAAGGAGACCUGGCUGGCCGCCCUCAUCGUGGUGUCCGUGCUGGAGGGCGUCCUGCUCCUGCUGCUCAUCUUCCUGCGCCAGCGGAUUCGCAUCGCCAUCGCCCUCCUGACGGAGGCCAGCAAGGCUGUGGCCCAGAUGAUGUCGACCAUAUUCUACCCGCUUGUCACCUUUGUCCUCCUGCUCAUCUGCAUUGUGUAUUGGGCCAUGACCGCCCUGUACCUGGCCACAUCGGGACAACCCCAGUAUGUCGUAUGGGCACCGAACAUCAGCCAGCCUGGCUGUGAGGGUGUGAUGUUGAAUGCAUCCUGCAACCCUCUGCAGUCUACCAGCUGCCCAGGACAGAUGUGCGUUUUCCAGGGCUACACAUCCACGGGCCUGGUACAACGUUCUAUCUUCAACCUACAAAUCUACGGAUUCCUGGGGCUAUUCUGGACCCUCAACUGGGUCCUGGCCCUGGGCCAGUGUGUCAUGGCCGGGGCCUUUGCCUCCUUCUACUGGGCUUUCCGGAAGCCCCAGGACAUCCCUACCUUCCCCCUGGGCUCUGCUUUCAUCCGAACUCUCCGUUACCACACUGGGUCCCUCGCCUUUGGAGCCCUCAUCCUAUCCCUGGUGCAGAUCGCCCGGAUUGUCUUGGAGUACAUUGACCACAAACUGAGAGGAGCCCAGAAUGCCCUGGCCCGCUGCAUCAUGUGCUGCUUCAAGUGCUGCCUCUGGUGUCUGGAGAAGUUUAUCAAGUUCCUCAACCGGAACGCGUAUAUUAUGAUCGCCAUCUAUGGAAAAAAUUUCUGCGUCUCCGCCAAAAACGCCUUCAUGCUGCUCAUGCGGAAUGUUCUCAGGGUGGUGGUCCUAGACAAAGUCACAGACCUGCUGCUGUUCUUCGGGAAGCUACUGGUGGUUGGAGGUGUUGGCGUCCUGUCCUUCUUUUUUUUCUCUGGUCGCAUUCGGGGGCUGGGUAAAGACUUUGAGAACCCCUCACUCAAUUAUUACUGGCUGCCCAUCAUGACGUGCAUCGUGGGGGCCUAUGUUAUCGCCAGCGGCUUCUUCAGUGUUUUUGGCAUGUGUGUGGACACGCUUUUCCUUUGUUUCUUGGAAGACCUGGAGCGGAACGACGGAUCCCCAGCCCGACCCUAUUACAUGUCCAAGAACCUCCUGCAGAUUCUGGGCAAAAAGAACCAGGUGCCCUCGGGGAACAAGAAGAGAAAGAAAUAAGAAACUCA